AUGAUGUUGUCCUGGACAUACGCGAACUGGCGGAGCACCUACAGGAUAAUUGUACUCGGCGCGAUAGCAUCCCAAUGUCUCGGCUCUAUAGGCCCUUCUGAUCAAAUACCCACGACUCCCCAUCUUGUCCGUCGCCUAAUAACUCCGGCUGCCUCGCCGCAAAGCUCAACCGGAUUAGCUCCCAAUGGCGCCGUUACACCCAACCCUUGUACACCCAUGGAGUUGUCUCCGCAGACUUGGGUUGACCUUGGAAUCGACGAUUACAUCGCAAGUUAUCCGAAUGCUGACAAGCUGACCAUUCAGCAAUUCGCCGCUGAGCUCAAUAUGCCCAACUUCUUUUGCGGUAUCGGGAUGCAAUGUUCGGCAGGCCAGCUUUGCCAUCCAGCUGCUGGUGUGAACUGGCUUAUCCUUUACGCUAUCCAAGAAUGGAAUGCGUACAUGAACAGCUUUUACAGUGCGAUUGAGGACGCGGUCUCCCUCAUGAGAGAUGCUUCUGCCGACAUCGCUUCUGACUUCAUUCCUCGCGUUAAACCGGAGUCUGAUCUUUUCGGCUGGUCGGUCGCCAGCGUGGUCGUUGGAGUCUUGGGUACUUUUACCGCCUUAAUCGUCCCUGCGGUGAUGCCCGCAAAUGCGAUGCGGAUGGUAGUCGAUGCGACUGCAAUAGGAGCUGGUGCAGGAUUGCUGGGAGGAUUAGAACUCCCGGAGGUCGGACGGGCCACUGAAAAUCAGAAGUUCCUUGCCGAAUUGCAAUCAGCACAUGCUCAAGCCAAUGGCGAACAGCCUGCAGACGUCUGGUCCAGUCAUGACUCGAAGGUCAUCAGUGAUUUCUACAACGACAGACGUAAAAAUCCAAUACAAACCGACCACCACCCACCCAGUCCCAGGUCACAAUCUUCACCCCCUUCAUCGCCUCGCCCAGCUGGUCCAACUCCGUCAGCACCUCUUCAAAGCCCGGCACCUCAUCUUCGGAAGCGAACGCUCACUCCUGCUGAGCUCCCCAAGAAGAGACACCCGGCUCCCUACGCUUUUACUCGAUGGUCCCGGAUGUCAUCCCACUUGACUGUGCUUCAAAACGAUCUGCAAGGUAUCGUCGCAGCUACCGUGGAAGUGGCCACUCUCCAGCCGCUUCUCGCUCAAGGAGGAAUCGCCGAGAUCCUCCGCGAAGGCUCCUUCUUGUACAAGAAUCCCACACAAACAUUCAUGGCCGAUAGUGUCAAAGAUUUGGCCCAAAUCAGCGCGUUAUCCGAGUUCUUCAAAUCUAUUAAAAUGUUUGUAACCAUUGGAAGCGAUGAUUGUAGAUUCGGAGGUCCAAAUGGGGCAAAGAACCACGAACAGGACUUAUCCUCAUGCACUAAAGACGGCCUCAUGAUGAACAUUAUCCGGGCAGAAGGCAAUAAAGUAGUUAACAAGACCCCUAACGCCCGCCUCCUCCAAUCCAAGUAUGGGUAUUCGGUCCCCUACCUUGCUAACUUGGCCUGGGAUUGUCAGAAGAAAUAUGGUGUCCAGAAAGAGGGCGAGUCUAACUUCCCGCCACCAACAAGCAUGCAUUCAGAUUGUAUAUUCUCCAUCCCCGUCUGUGAUUGUACCCUUCCCGAGGUUAAACGCUUGCGCAAGAAAAAGAAAGGCACUGUCAAAGCUUGUCGAAUUGGAGCCGGCCUUGCGAUCUAA